AUGAAUUCCCUCAUCUAUCAAUAUGAGUUAUUCAAGAUGAAGUCGGAUGAAACCAUAAGUCAAAUGUAUGAUAGAUUUGUAGAGAUCAUAGGGGGAAUCAAAUAUCUUGGGAAGACAUUCACAAAUGAGGAGCUAGUAAAGAAGAUUCUAAAAAGUCUUCCCAAGGAGUGGCUACCCAAAGUAACCUCACUCAAGGAUUCCAAGGACUUGAGCAAGGAUCACAUUAGAACGGAUUGUCUCAAAUUGAAGAAGCCUUUCAAGAAGUUCAAGAAGAAGGCACUUAAAGCAACAUGGGAUGAAUCAAGUGACUCCGAAGAUAAGGAGAUUGGUGAUCAAGUUGCUCUUAUGUGCUUCAUGGUAAUGGAGGAAAGCUCCAAUGAGGUAACUUUAAAUGAUGAUGUUGUUGAAUUUUCUUAUGAUGAAUUAGUUAAUGCUCUUAAAGUUAUGAAUGAUAAACUAGAAUUAAGUCAUAAGAGAAAUAAACUUUUGAAAAAUGAGCUUGCUAGUUUAAGGAAGGAGAAUGAGACCUCAUCUAAGGUUGAUAGACCUUUAGUUAGAAAGGACAAACUUGAUGCAAUUUUGGACUCUCAAAGGUCUCUUAGUAUCAAGUAUGGACUUGGUUAUAGUAAAUUUGCCCAAGCAUCUCCUUCCAAGCCAUCUUUGUUAAAGCAUCUAGUUCUAAUGAGCUUAGUCCCCAAGUGCCUAGUCCAAAGGAUGAGUGAUAACAAAAUAUUGUUUAUUGGUGAAAGAAUUGAAAACAUAUAUGUUAUCGAUUUGCAUGCUUUGUCUAACAAAGAUGUCAAGUGCUUUAUUUCUAUUAGUGAUGACUCUUGGACUUGGCAUAGAAGGCUUGCUCAUGCUAGCAUGGACUUUCUUGCAAACUUGAACAAGGAUGAGCUAGAUGAUGGGCUACCAAAGAUCAAGUUUCAAAAGAAUAAGUUGUGUAAUGCAUGCCAAAUGGGUAAUCUUGAUGAGUUGACUCUUGAUGAUCCUUAA